AUGUCCACUACAAAAUGUAGUCCUGGGAGGGUGGUUGGCGACGGCCGGUACCGACAGCCUUCUUAUCAAGCAAAUCAGGUGAGCACUCCAGCAGCCAAGAAAAGGAGGGUGGUUCAGUUUCUUCAGAGUCCUCUUCAGAACUUGUCCACAGACCCUCUUGAUGAGAAGGUGAAUUUGUUGGUGCGGUUCCUGCUGCAAAAGUAUCAAAAGAGAGCCAAUCACAAAGGCAGACAGAUUAGUGAUGUUAUCAGAGAGCACAAGGAUGACUUCCUUGAGAUCCUCGGAGAGCCCUCUGCACACCUAGAGCUGGUCUUCGGGGUAGAUGUGAAGGAAGUCGAUCCCACUAGCCAUGGCUAUGCUCUCGUCAACAAACUAGGCCUCACCUAUGAUGCCAGGCUCAGUGGUAAUGAGGGCAGGCCCGAGACUAGCCUCCUGAUAAUUAUCCUGGGCAUGAUUUUCAUGAAGGGCAAUCAUGCCACUGAGGAGGAGAUCUCGGAAGUCCUGAAUACAAUGGACUUACAUUCUGGGAGGAAGCGUUUCAUCUUCAGGGAUCCCAGAAAGUUCAUUACCAAGGAUUUAGUGAGGAAGGGGUACCAAGAGUACCACCAGGUGCGCAACAGUGAUCUUCCACAUGAUGAGUUCCUAUGGGGCCCAAGAGUCCUUGCUGAAGCCAGCAAAAUGAAAUUGCUUGAAUUUUUGACCAAGAUCCAGGAGUCUGACCCCACUUCCUUCCCAUCUCAGUGUGAGGAGACUUUGAAAGAUGAAGCUGAGAGAGCCUGA